ACAACCUCGUGCGUCGUGUUCGAGGGGGCAGCCGUUGAAACGGGACACCUUCGCUGCUGUACUUCCGGCCACCCCAACGGCGCAACUUCACUCCUUCUAAAUCCUACUCGCCCGCACCCAAUUCCGAAGCAAGGCUUCCUUCCCCAGGUCCCCUCGCCACCACCGCCUCCUCUCGCUCUUCUUGAUUACGAAGAAAGGAGGGAAAAGAUUACAAACGGUAUAUAAAGAAAGAAAGGAAUAGAGCACAGGAAGACAGAGAAGAUGAUGCAAAUUCUUGGAUUCCGAGGGGGCUCGGCCGCCUCCUCGUCGUCGCCUAAGGGCCGGGACGCGUCUCCGAGAUCCGAUCAUCCGAACCCUAGCCGUAGCGCGGUUACUUCUUCUUCUCCUGUUUCUUCCAUCACCCCGGGAUCCGUGGGCCCGGCGAGGCCGCUGCGAUUGGUGUACUGCGACGAGAAGGGCAAGUUCCGGAUGGAUCCCGAGGCCGUCGCCGCCCUCCAUCUCGUCAAAGGCCCCAUCGGCGUCGUCUCCGUCUGUGGCCGCGCUCGCCAGGGCAAGAGCUUCAUCCUCAACCAGCUUUUAGGUAGGAGCAAUGGAUUUCAGGUGGCGUCUACUCACCGACCAUGUACCAAGGGGCUUUGGAUGUGGAGUGCCCCGAUAAAGCGAACUGCUCUUGAUGGAAGUGAAUACAAUUUGUUGCUGCUGGAUAGUGAAGGAGUUGAUGCCUAUGAUCAAACGGGAACUUACAGCACUCAGAUAUUUUCCCUUGCUGUUCUGUUAUCAAGCAUGUUUAUAUAUAACCAGAUGGGUGGUAUAGAUGAAGCUGCACUUGAUCGUCUUUCUCUUGUUACUGAAAUGACUAAGCAUAUUCGUGUUAGGGCGACUGGAGGAAGGUCCACAACAGCUGAGCUUGGGCAAUUUUCACCAGUCUUUAUUUGGCUGCUGAGGGACUUCUAUUUAGAUUUAGUUGAGGAUAACCGAAGAAUUACUCCACGUGAUUACCUAGAGUUAGCCUUGAGACCCAUGCAAGGUGGAGGGAAAGAUUUAUCUGCAAGGAAUGAGAUACGGGAGUCCAUUCGAUCUCUUUUCCCUGAUAGGGAUUGUUUCACACUUGUGCGGCCAUUGAAUGAUGAAAAUGAUCUCCAACGCCUUGAUCAAAUCCCUUUAACCAGAUUAAGGCCAGAAUUUAGAUCCGGUCUAGAUGCAUUGACAAAGUUUGUAUUUGAGCGAACUCGACCUAAACAAGUAGGGUCUACUGUUAUGACUGGUCCAAUUCUUGCUGGUAUCGCACGGUCAUUCUUGGAUGCCAUUAACAAUGGAGCUGUGCCUACAAUAUCCUCCUCAUGGCAGAGUGUCGAAGAGGCGGAAUGUCGUAGGGCAUAUGAUUCUGCUGCUGAGGUUUACAUGUCAUCUUUUGAUCGCGCUAGACCAGCUGAGGAGGCUUUCUUAAGAGAAGCGCAUGAAGAUGCAGUUCAAAAAUCACUCGCUGUAUUUAAUGACAGUGCUGUGGGAUCUGGCUCAGCACGUAUGAACUAUGAAAAGCUUCUUCACAAUUUCUUCAGAAAGGCAUAUGAGGACUACAAAAGGAAUGCCUUUCUGGAGGCUCAUUUGCGAUGUUCAAACACCAUACAGAGCAUGGAAAAGAAGCUACGAGCAGCUUGUCAUGUACCAAAUGUGGAACUCGAUAGUGUGAUUCAGGUUCUGGAAGGUCUGCUUUCAGAGUAUGAGUCAUCUUCUCAUGGUCCAGGCAAAUGGAAAAUGUUGGCUGCCUUUUUGCGACAGUGUUUGGAGGGGCCCAUAUUGGAUCUCUUCAAAAAGCAAUUAGAUCAAACUGAAUCUGAACGGAGUGCCCUCACAUUGAAAUGCCGGUCAAACGAAGACAAACUGGGGCUGCUUAAGAAACAACUUGAGGUGAAUGAAAAGCAUAGGGCUGAAUAUUUGAAGCGAUACGAGGAAGCUAUCAGUGAUAAGCAAAAAUUUUCUGAGGAGUACAACAGUCGUAUUGCAAAUUUGCUGAGCAAAUGCAGCACAUUGGAGGAGCGUUGUAUGAGUAUCGAAAAAGAUCUUGAUCUUGCAAGACAGGAAUCUGCUGAUUGGAAAAUUAAGUAUGACCAAAGCAGUUUAGAGCUGAAGGCCGAGGAAGAUAGGUUUAGAGCUAAAUUUUCAGCUCUGGAGUCAAGGUUAGGUGCUGCUGAAGGAAGAUUGGCUGCUGCUCGUGAACAGGCAGAAUCUGCUCAGGAAGAGGCAUCAGAGUGGAAGCGGAAGUAUGCUGUUGCUGCUGGAGAAGCCAAAACUGCCUUGGAGAGAGCAGCAUUAGUGCAGGAGCGCACUAAUAAAAAAGCACAAGAAAGGGAAGAUGCCUUAAGGGCAGAAUUCUCGGUCCAGUUGGUGGAAAAGGAAGAGGAAAUCAAGAACUUAAAUGCCAAGCUUGACUCUACUGAGAACCAUGCGACUAUUUUUGUUGCGCAGCUGGAGGCUGCUCAGACAAAGCUGGAGAAUCAUGAGUUGGAAACUUUGGCCUUGAUGGAUGAAAUAAAAAAGUUAAAUUCAAACCUGGCUUCUGUGAAAGCUAAAGUUCUGUCAUAUGAGAGGGAAGCCAAAAUACUGGAACAAGAAAAGAACCAUCUCCAAGAAAAGUACGUUGCUGAGUGCAAGAAAUUUGAUGAUGCAGAAGAGAGGCUCAAGGUCGCAGAAAGGGAUGCAAAGAGAGCUACUGAGUUGGCUGAUACCGCUCGGGCAGAAGUAGUUGCUGCUCAGAAGGAGAAGAGUGAAAUGCAGCAGUUGGCAAUGGAAAGAUUAGCAAUAAUUGAAAGAGUUGAACGACAGGUCGAUAGCAUGGAGCAAGAGAAAGUGAAGCUGAUGGAUGAAGUGGAGAGGUUGCGUCAAUCUGAAAUGGAUGCCAUAUCUAAGGUCACGUUACUUGAGAGAAGAGUUGGUGAGAGAGAGAAAGAAAUAGAGGAUCUAUUGAGUCGGAGCAACGAACAAAGGUCCAACACAGUCCAAGUCCUUGAGAGUCUUCUGGCUACAGAACGUGCAGCUCGAGCUGAGGCCAACAGCAGAUCAGAGGCCUUGUCUUUGCAGCUACAAGCUACUCAAGGCAGACUAGAUGCACUCCAUCAAGAACUGACAUCUGUUCGUCUAAAUGAGACCGCACUUGAUAGUAAGCUUAGGGCUGCUUCUCAUGGGAAACGGUUAAGAGUAGAUAAUUAUCCGGGCACAGGAUCUGUCCAAGAUAUGGAGGUUGAUGAAGGGUUGGUGAGGGGUAGAAAGAGAUCUAAGAGUACUACAAGCCCUUUAAAGAUUACUCAGACAGAAGAUGGUGGUUCUGUUUAUAAAGGAGAAGAAAAUUACACCCAGAGCCAGGAACAUCAAGAAACUGAAUCAGAUGACCAUACAAAGUUCACAAUUCUGAAGCUGAAGCAGGACCUCACUAAGCAUGGGUUUGGUGGACAACUGCUGCAGCUGAGGAAUCCUAACAAAAAGGAGAUUGUUGCUCUUUAUGAGAAGCAUGUCCUUCAAAAGUAGCUCUUCAUCAUGUAACCAUCUGGUGACUUGAGAGAGCAUAAAAUAUGUGCGUGGUUUGUUCGCAGGGUGUGGAAUCAUCUAAACUAGCACAAAUUGCUCCGUAUACAGAUGUUCUGUACUUACAGAGCCCUAUAUAUUUUAAGGCAUCUGUACAGAAGUAUGCUUGUGAUUUUUCCUGGUUGGUUUCUGCGCAUUUGAAAGGGAACAGUCUGUUGAUUUUAGUACAUACUUUCUCAUCUACAGCCAUGUUAAAAUUUCAGCUAGUCCGUUUUGAUGUAUGGAACAAUGACAUGAUUCAUGUAAAACAAAUCUUGGUAUGCGACUCACAGCAGCUUUCCCACUCCCUUGAGUGAAAGUCUUGGUGCAAAGACACCCUAGUCGCCAAAUGUUCUGCUGUAUUAGCACCAUGUGAUAAUCUCACUAGUCACCCCAUACAACAAAAAAGGGAAAAAAAGGGUUUGAUUUGAGCUUAAA